CGCAGACAGUCAGAGACUUCAGGCAGUUCUCUGGCCGGAGACACUUCACGUUCUCCGCAGCCUCUCUCCUCCUCUGCUGCUCUUGUCUCCUCUCCUUCUUCUCCUGGGCUCUUGUUGCUCUCUGCCUCUCUCUCGCCUCCUUCCUCUCCCUGACUGCAUGUCUGUCCGCCUCUAUCUCUUCCUUGGUGCGGCGUUUUUUUGCAGGGCUUGGUGCGCACCGUCGAUCUGGUCGCGGGGGAGACAAAGCAGACGCUUGAUUGCAAUCCGGUGUCGUGGGUGACGACGAUGGGAGGGUUUUGCACGUGUGGUCUGAACUCUGAUCCUCUUCUGUGCUGAUCGUUGCUUUUUGACCGCUCUCAUCGCGGUUUAAGUCAAGUUUAGUCUCAGCGUCGCUGUCCUCAGAUUCAGAUAUUUCCCAUGUUUGAACUCUACGCACCGCAGACAUUUUAUAUGUUUAAAACAUAAUCAAAAACGCGUUGGAUCCGCAAUGUUUACAUGACCUCGAUGGUGUCCGCUGAGGGACAAAAGACGAUAAACGCGCCUUUACCUGGUAGCUCAGUAGAAACCUUUUAAAAAGAGACAGACCAAAGAGUAGAUUAUAUUUAUUUUAACCAGAAGGCAGAGAGUCUCUGCUGUCUGAAGCCGCUUAUAUAUGUUGGUUCUAUUACAUUUAGUCUCGGGACAAACUAUAUAGAAAAAUAACAUCCUUAAGAAGGUGCUGAACACAUUUUAAGACUGCAACGCAACCUAGUCAUACAGAAGGCUAUACGAUUUAUUUUGUUUUAUAUAAAAAUGUAAAUAUGCAGAUAUUGUAUCAUAAAGAGUCAGAUUACAGUCGUAGCCAUAGUCAAUUUGAUGCGUUUGGUUGACAAGAAUAAACAUAAUGUUUUAGGGUGUCUCCGAAAUUAAUUUGGUAAAACAUGUGUAAACUUGUAGGCUACAUUUUAAUAACAUGGAUCUUUCUUUAUUUGUAAUUUAACUGAAAAAUAUUGCUAUAACCAAAUUAAUAGUAAAAACACAAUAUACCAACACAAUUUAAAUCCGUUAAAGACAUUUACUAUAUUGUGUUAAAGUAUUUGACUAUUAAAAAAACCCAACAAUUUAUUUCAUUAUACAUUUUACGUUUUAUGGCAAAAUUCACAAACGUGUAGAUUUAUUGAAAACACAAUUAUGUUCACAUGUACACAUUUAUUUUAUUAUUCUGGUAAUGUUUACCAUAGAAAAUACAAUAACAGGAAGAUCUAGAAAUCAAUAAAGUUUGUAGGGUACAAAAAGAAAAAGUGCAGGGUCGCUGCGCGAGUAGAUUUCCAAACAAUCCGCUGCGUCCUCGCGCAUCAGAAGGUCCAUCCAUACAGCUUGAAGAGCUGCGGUCUACGGACAGCAGUCAGUCGGAGCGGACCUGAACGCAUCCUGCUAACCAGUCUGUUCAUGUAAACAACACAGAGGAAUGGGAUCUGGAAGUUUAAUUUUAUAGCCACUGUCUUUUUACUCACUAUGACGCAACCGGCGGAGAAAGUAUAUUACCGCUUUGUGGUGCUGUUCUUCAACUGUCUGCUGACAUUUGGCUCUUACUUCUGCUUCGACAUCCCGAGUGUGCUGCAGGAUCAGUUCCAAGGGAACCUGACAUGUUCCAAUGCGACAGUGAUCAAUGGCACAGUGGACUGUGUGGUGGGAUUGGGGAUGAACCCUCAGCAGUACAAUCUUCUUUAUGCCAUCUAUGCUUGGACGAAUGCAGUAGUGGUGAUCAUGGCUGGCUUCAUGAUUGACAAAUUAGGAAACCGCUUUGGAGUGUUUCUGUUCUCUUUCCUGUGUGUUUUGGGCUCGUCACUCUUUGCACUGGGUUCCCACUUCAAAGGAACUCCCUAUCUGCUGCCGCUUAUGCUCACAGGGCGACUACUGUUUGGAUCAGGCAAUGGAUCUCUGACCAUUGUUCAGAACCGCAUCACAGCCUUCUGGUUCAAAGGGAAGGAGCUGGCCUUGGCUUUCGGUGUGACUCUGGCUUUCUCUCGCCUGGGUUCAGUCCUGAACUUCUUCCUCACCCAGAGGUUUGAAGAAAAGUACGGCAUGCAGUGGACACUCUGGGGUGGUGCACUACUGUGUGUGCUGGGCUUUGUAUCUGCCGUUCUUGUCAGUGCCCUGGACAAGAUCGGUAUGAGGCAGCUGGGUCUGGAUGGCGCCAUCCAAGAGGAGUCCCGCAAAGUGAGGAUUCAGGAUGUGAAGCUCCUGUCGCUAAGAUACUGGCUGCUGGUUCUCACCAUCAUGUUCUUCUACAACGGCAUCUUCCCCUUCAUCGCUGAUGCCAGUAAGUUUAUUCAGGAUAAAUACGACGGCUACAGCCAGAAGGAGGCGGCCUACGUCGCCGGGGCGGUAUAUGACAGCUCACUGGUCCUCUCAGCCUGCGUGGGCAUUCUCAUAGAUUAUGUGGGGCUGCGGGGCGUGUUUGCACUGGCCUGUGCCAUCCUCACGCUGCCUGUGUUUGGACUGCUGGCCUUCACCUUUGUUGCCCCUCUCGUGUCCACCAUAUGGCUGGGAAUCACUUACUCCUUUGCUGCUUCCAGCAUGUGGCCGUCUAUUCCACUCGUGGUGCCUCAGGCGACUCUGGGAACAGCCAUGGGUCUGGCCACCUCCAUACAGAUGGUGGGCAUUGGGUUGUCAAAUCUUGUCGUUGGGCAGAUUUUGGGCACCAAGUCCAGCGAAACUAAGAUUCCGUUGUGGCGUUGGCAAAGGAUGAUGAUCUUCAUGUUGGCCAACACCGUCAGCUGCAUCGUCACCGCAGUGCUGCUCAACAUUGUUGACCACAGACAGGGCGGGACCCUGAACAAGACAACCAAGAGGUCAGGCCCGGCGGAGAGAGACUCCGACAGAGAGCCGCUCAACCAGGGAGAGGAAGAGCAAAAUGAGGAUGAGGAGGCCGACGAGGCGGUCAGAUCUCGUUCUGAAAACUCCUAAGUUUUGUGAACUUCUUACUACAGUGAAGACUUUUCUCUUUUUAUAUAUGUAUUUUACUUGUAACACUUCAAAUGGGACUUGAUUUAUUGCAGGCCUCAAUGAUAAUCACGUUACCUCUCCGUUCUGCGGUUGCUACAGCAGAUACUGGAGCAGUUUAAUGAAUCGGAAUAAAUACAUCUCUGUUAAACAGUAUUUACACCCAGAUGGUGAGGCUACAGUGUAUUAAAUGUACAACAACUGUUUUUUCAGUAACACAGGUAAGUAAAACAUCAAACUCUCUUAAAGCUUUAGCUUCCAACUGUACUGCCAUAACUGACUGUGUGCACCUUAUUCAGGUUGCUAAAUAAUACAGGAAAUAUUAAAAAUAAAUAAAAGCCCACCUUUUAUGUGGAUGGUAGAUGUAGUCAAAUGAAGCAAUACAUUCCUUUGUGCAGCUGCAAAUUCAGCACACACUAUCUGUAUUUCUUCUUCCAUCUAAUGCCGUCGUUUGACGUGACGGUGACGUAGUUUUGAUGCAAUGAAGAACACUCUGCUUUGUCAAUUAAUACAGCACUCGCUGGCGAAUGUAUUGCUUCAAUUGACCAUCAACAAUCAUUGGGCAUCCACAUAAAACAUGGACAUUUUUCCGUUAUAGAAAUGUAAUGUUUGUUUUAAAUGAUUUUGUAACGAAACAGUGAAACAUUUGUCUCCUACUUGUUUGUUCAUUGUUCGAGAUUUCACAAUGUAGAAGGGAAUUUUAUAUUUUUCACAUUGACAAAACAGCAAAAAUAAAACGCUGUUCACCUUUUCUGCAA